AGCCGGCGCGUGCGCGGCUAGAGAUGCGCCGGCAGCGGGGGCCGUGGUAGUGGCGGCGGGGCGCGCAGGGGAUCUCGCCGCCGGUAAUCCGCCCGCCGCGGGGAUGGGGAGCGCGGGGCGGCCGCCUCUCGCCCCGCGGGGGCUGAAUGCCGGCGUCAGGCCGGCGCGCCGUGCGUCUGCUGUUUUAUAACUGAGGCGGGGGGGAGCGGCGGCCAUGAGGGAAAGGCGGGCGGGGCUGCCGUGGCGCCGGCCGUUACAGAGGGGCAGCGCGGCCCCGGCACCGCGUCGGCGGGAAUUGUGCUGCCCGGGCGUUGUCUGUGGGCAGAGCGGAGCCCCGUAGCUCUGUGGUUACGGGUGGGAGGUGGGGGGCACGAAGUCUGCCGGUCCCGUUGCCGCGGGUGGUGCUAAGGAAGCCCCCGGUGCUGCCGGUGGGGCAGCAGCCCGCAGCUGGGCGCGGGCGGCGGCCGUAGUGCCUGCUGGAGCGCUGGGCUUGGUGGGAAACCCGUGCCCCUCCUCCCCUGUAAGGUCGUCUGAGAGACCCUUCUGAGUUAGCGAUGUUUCGAGGGGAGUCGUAACAAAGCCGUUAGUUUGAUGGCACGUGUAAAGUAGCUCCAUAAAAGCCGAUACAGAGGUUUGCAUUGACGCACCGACUUGCCCUGCAGGCAUCAGCACUGCUGUCUAGUCUGUGUCCUACAAGCAGCGGCUUAUUACUUGAGGUGUAAUGUUGUGCUGGUGUUGCAGUGCAGUUGCUGUCCCCAAGGGCUUGCCUUACAGCAGUGCUGCUGGCUCAUAGGUUUCUUCUGGUGCAUGGACGUGGCCAAGCUAUGCAAAAACAGCUUGAACUUACAGUUCCUCGGAUGACCAGAAUGCAUUCCCAGUGGGACUGGCUGUGCUUGAGUCUCCUGAUAAUUAGCUCAGUUACUGCAGAAAUCGAAGAUGGAGGAGUUCUGGGUGCGGAUGUUGAAGUGGAGGAUUUUGACGAAGAGUCUCAACAAGCUGAUGUUGACAAAGAAGAAUCUUCCUUAGGGGUUGUGUACCAGACGCCAAAGCCAACUGGAGAUGUUUAUUUUGCAGAACCCUUUGAUGGAGAAUUGACUGGUUGGGUGUUGUCUAAAGCCAAGAAAGAAGACACAGAUGACACCAUUGCUAAAUAUGAUGGAAGAUGGGAAGUAGAAGAGCUGAAAGAAAACACAGUACCUGGAGACAAAGGAUUAGUGUUAAAAUCGGCUGCAAAGCAUCAUGCAAUAUCAGCUAUGCUAACAAAGGCAUUUAUUUUUGAUAAAAAACCUUUGAUUGUUCAGUACGAAGUGAAUUUUCAAGGAGGCAUUGACUGUGGUGGUGCAUAUAUUAAACUUCUCUCCAGUACGGAUGACUUGGAUCUGGAGUUCUUUUUUGACAAAACGCCUUAUACUAUUAUGUUUGGACCAGAUAAAUGUGGUGAAGAUUACAAACUACACUUCAUCAUCAGGCACAGGAAUCCUAAAACUGGAGAAUACGAUGAAAAACAUGCAAAACGUCCUGAUGUGGACCUGAAAAAGUUCUAUUUGGACAAGAAGACACAUCUAUACACUCUUGUGCUAAAACCAGAUGAUACGUUUGAAAUGCUGAUCGACCAAUCAGUCAUCAGUAAGGGAAGUCUUCUUGAGGAUAUGGUUCCUCCAGUAAACCCUCCUAAAGAAAUAGAUGAUCCUACUGAUAAGAAACCUGACGACUGGGAUGAGAGACCAAAAAUACCUGAUCCCAACGCUGUCAAACCAGAUGACUGGGAUGAAGAUGAGCCUUCCAAAAUAGAAGAUCUUGAUGCUGUUAAACCUGAAGGAUGGCUUGAUUAUGAACCACAGUAUGUUCCGGACCCCAGUGCAAAAAAGCCAAAGGACUGGGAUGAAGAAAUGGAUGGGGAGUGGGAAGCCCCUCAGGUCCCCAAUCCGAAGUGUGCCACCGCACCUGGUUGUGGACUGUGGGUGCGUCCCAUGAAGAACAACCCCAAGUAUAAAGGAAAAUGGAAAGCACCUAUGAUACCUAAUCCUAAUUAUCAGGGAAUCUGGAGUCCUCGGAAAAUACCGAACCCAGACUACUUUGAAGAUCCUCACCCGUUUGAGAUGAUGACACCUAUCAGUGCUAUUGGCUUAGAGCUCUGGUCUAUGACUUCUGAUAUCUACUUCGAUAACUUCAUAAUAUGUUCAGAAAAAGAAGUAGCUGAUCGUUGGGCAGCAGAUGGUUGGGGCUUAAAGAAACUAGUAGCAAGUGCUAACGAGCCUGGAAUGUUUAGCCAACUGGUGACUGCUGCAGAAGACCAUCCGUGGCUCUGGGUUCUUUAUAUCUUGACUUUAGCUCUGCCUGUUGGUCUAGGUGUGUUGUUCUGCUGGCCAGCAAAGAAAACAGAUGAAGAUUUUGACUUAAAAAAAACGGUUAUAUCUAUGCCAGUUACAAAGGGAGGAGUAAAACAAGGAAGAGAAGAGUUAGAAGAUGAUGAAAUAGAUUUAGAAGAAGAAAAAGAAAACGAAGAUAUUGGUGAAGAUGGUAAGAUGAAGAGAAGAGAACUGGAGGAGACAGAGGGACAGUUUAUAGAGGAUACAAAUAAGAUGGGAAGGAAGGCUCCUCCUUCAGAAGAUGAGAGUAAAUAUGGGGAAGACGAUGAUGAGGAAAACGAAGUUGCAGGUAGAAGUCAAGAAGAAGGUGAUGAGACAAAUAAAUCUGGCUCAGAAGAUGAGAUGACAGCAGCUGAUGAAAUUGCAGGCUCUGGGGAUGGUCCACUGAAGUCAGUACGCAAAAGAAGAGUACAAAAGGACUGAGUUGUUUAGAGCUAGAAAUACUAGCUGCAAACAGUAGUAACUUAUGACAUGCCACUGCAAAGGGCCUGACAGCACGCAGGUUCCUGAGAUGUGAAGGGAAAAAUGGGACUCGUCGCUACUUAACCUCUCUUAAUUCCUUAACCUCUUUUAACCUUCCCAAGCUUCCUUGAUGCCCUUUUUUUUUUUUAAGAAGAAAUACUAUCUGUGAGGAGUUACGUAAUGUUUCACAUUUAGAAUAAAGGUGAAACUGCAAGUUGGCCAAGUGAUUUUAAAAAGCAGAUUCUUAAGAUUUGAAGACUCUUAGAAAUCAAUAUUAGUUAGAGAUGAGAAAUUUUACUCUACAUAUUUUUAAGAACAUGAAUAAAUAUUUUUGCAGCUCUAGCACAACAUUAGCUGUUUACACGUUUGAACUAAGGGAGUUGCAGUAUAGAUGAAGCAUAUACAGUUCACGUUGUUGAGAGAGAAGGUAUUUUUUUUCUGUGCAGAGCUAAAUGCAAUAAUUGUUUUUGUAUGAUCAUUUAGUGCUAGCAACAAUUCUUCUUGUAAAUUAUUUAUUUUAGUUGCUAUUGUUACACAGUGGUCACCUGUUCACUUUAAACAUUGGUUAUAGUAAUUUAUUUUUAAGAGAUAGUUGAAAAUAGGAUACUCAGAGAACAAGUGGUUAAUUGAUGUGACUUAUUUUGCUUUUGAAUGCAGGUAUCAAAUCUACAGAAGUGAGAGAGAGAGGCUUUUUCAGACUUUUAUAGCUCUCAUGUUCCAAGCCAGAACGGCAUAGAUUUUGUUUAUAGAAUACUUGCUGAGUGUAUAUUGUGUAUUAAAAAUAUUUAAUAA